CCUAUGCUCUCCCUAUUGCUGACCUGAAAAACACAGAGUUUUUCUCCUCUGUGUUCCUCCAAACAAACCGGCAACUGAACUAAACAGAAACUUCAGCUCGCUUUGCCUCGCCAUGAGCUCUUCCCACCUGAACAACCGAGCUGAGAGCCAUUUCCAAGCCAGAGAAGAGCACGAGCUGGAAACUCUGGGGAAUAAGGCAUGGGACAACCCCGUAUAUAACGGUUCGCCUUCCUCUUCCCUGAAGAUCAGGGCCAUCUACAAUCCCAAAUCCAUCUUGGAAAAUCCCUAUGAGAAUAUUGAGAAGCUGACCGACUCCCUGCCCUACCAGAAGGAGAGAGAGAAAGAUGAGAUGAGAGUGGGCAGGAAGAAGCCGUUCUCUGCGUGCUGCUUCUAUAUCUGCAAAGGCAUACGAGGACUUUGGGGCACCACACUAACGGAAAACACCGCUGAGAACCGAGAGCUUUACGUAAAGACCACACUGCGUGAACUGUUGGUCUACAUUGUAUUCUUGGUGGAUAUCUGUUUAUUGACUUAUGGGAUGACAAGUUCAAAUGCCUAUUACUACACCAAAGUGAUGUCCGAACUCUUCUUGGAAACUCCUACGGACACUGGUAUCUCCUUCCAGGAGAUUGGAAGCAUGGCUGACUUUUGGCGAUAUACUCAAGGCCCUUUAUUGGACAGCUUGUAUUGGACCAAAUGGUACAACAACGAAUCCCUAGGCCACAACACUCAGUCGUACAUCUAUUACGAGAACUUGCUGCUGGGGGUCCCACGAAUGCGUCAACUGAAGGUGCAGAACAACUCGUGUGUGGUGCAUGAAGACUUCAAGGAAGACAUUUUUGGCUGUUAUGAUGUCUACAGCGAGGAGAAGGAGGACAGGUCCCCCUUUGGGCUCCUCAAUGGAACAGCGUGGCAGUACCACACAGAGGAAGAGCUGGACGGUUCCUCUCACUGGGGCCGGCUGACAAGUUACAGCGGAGGAGGUUAUUACAUGGAUCUCAAAAUGACCCGUCGGGAAAGCGCUAGAGCUCUCCGAGUCCUGAAAGAAAACUUGUGGCUCAAUCGGGGAACUCGCGUGGUUUUCAUUGACUUUUCUGUGUACAAUGCCAAUAUCAACCUUUUCUGCGUCCUGAGGUUAGUGAUUGAAUUCCCAGCCACCGGUGGAGCCAUCCCUUCGUGGCAGAUCCGAACAGUAAAGCUCCUCCGCUAUGUCAGCACCUGGGACUUCUUCAUUGUCGCUUGCGAGAUCGUCUUCUGCGUCUUCAUCUUCUACUACGUGGUGGAAGAGAUCUUGGAGCUGCGCAUUCACAGGCUCAAGUACUUCACCAGCAUCUGGAACAUCUUGGACAUCGUUGUCAUAUUGCUUUCUAUUGUAGCCAUCGGAUUCCACAUCUUUCGCACCAUUGAGGUCAACAGGUUGAUGGGACAGCUUCUGAGAAACCCCAGCAUCUAUGCGGACUUUGAAUUCCUGGCUUUUUGGCAGACUCAGUACAACAACAUGAACGCUGUGAACUUGUUCUUUGCCUGGAUCAAGAUAUUUAAAUACAUUAGCUUUAACAAAACGAUGACACAGCUCUCCUCCACCUUAGCCCGCUGCGCGAAGGACAUCCUAGGCUUUGCCAUCAUGUUCUUCAUCGUCUUCUUUGCUUACGCCCAGCUGGGAUACCUUCUCUUCGGGACCCAAGUGGAAAACUUCAGCACCUUUGUCAAAUGCAUCUUCACCCAGUUUCGAAUAAUCCUCGGCGACUUUGACUACAACGCCAUUGACAAUGCUAACCGGGUCUUGGGGCCGAUAUAUUUUGUCACCUACGUCUUCUUUGUCUUCUUUGUGCUGUUGAACAUGUUCCUGGCUAUUAUCAACGACACGUAUUCUGAAGUCAAAGAGGAGCUUUCAAACCAGAAGAAUGAAUUGCAGCUCACAGACAUCCUGAAACAGGGCUAUAAUAGGACCCUAAUGAAGCUGAAGCUGAAAAAAGACCGGAUCUCUGAUGUGCAAAAAGCUUUGCAGAAAGGGACCAAGGAGCUGGAAUUUGAAGACUUUAAGAACAGCUUGAGAGAGCUUGGCCAUGCUGAGCACGAGAUCACAGCAGCCUUUGCAAAGUUUGAUAAAGAUGGGAACCAGAUUCUGGAUGAGGAGGAGCAGAAGAGAAUGCGGAACGACUUGGAGGAGAAGAGAGUUGCGUUGAAUGCAGAAAUUGAGAAUUUGGGGAAAUCCUUCAGGGACAACAAUUUGGACGGCCCAUUUGCCAUUGCGGAUGCAAAGAACAAUCAAGGAAACAAAUCUAGCCCGGUGUCUGAGGAGGAGUUCCAAACACUCCUGAGGCGGGUUCUGCAGCUGGAGCAUUCCAUCGGGGGUGUCAUAUCCAAGACAGAAGCCUUGGUGGUUAAGCUGGAGGGACUGGAGAGAAGCAAAUUCAAGAACAAGGACUCAGCAAGCAAACUUCUCAACAACAUUAGCAAAGAAGAACAGUUCAGCCAAGGAAGUCUGGUUCCUCAGAACGCCGAGUGGGUCAUCAAGGAAGAAGGUGGAUCGGAGAGGCAGGAGAACGACUUCCGCUUAACCCCCCUGAGUGGCAGCAGCGCUUUCUACCCCAAGACAGAGCUCCCCGGCUCUCAGACACCCAAGAGCGCCCCACGACAAUCCAAUAAAAGCUUCUAACUCGUUUCUGAACAACCCCACUUCGCUAAUAAAACACCACCACAAUUUCCGCUACUUUACUACUUUUAGACUAGUCAGGGCUAAAAAACAAACACCUAUGCCUGAUUUUAAUUGUGCUUUUAAUCCCGUGGUUAUAAUAUAAUAAUUUAUAAUAAUAAUUUAUUAUUUAUACCCCGCCCAUCUGGCUGGGCUUCCCCAGCCACUUUGGGCGGCUUCCAAAAAAAACCCUAAAAUACUGUAAUACAUAAGACUCUCCAUGUCUCGCUCUUUCCAAAAUGGAACCUCAAGGGCCUCAGUCCAAAUCAGAGCAGUGGGGUGAGAGAGAGUUUAACCUCGUCUCCUUUUCCUGCUGAAAACUGCCCCUGCCCCGCUGGAUUUCUUAAAAAAUUAUACAAUGUUCAGUCGUUAAAAAUUGCAGCAAAUCGGAGCUGGCAAGGAGGGUGAUUUAGAGUGGAUAGAUGUCACAGGGGCACAGAAUAACCCUUCCUUUAUUGGGGAAAUCCGUAGCUACUUUUUUGUGGCAUGGGAUUCAAAAGUGCAAUUAACAUAGCUGUCAACUGUCCCUUAUUUGGUGGGAAAGUCCCUUAUCCCAGUGCUGUGUCCCGCUGCUGUCCCUUAUUGAUGAUGUCCCUUAAAUUUCCUGGGUUUCAAAGGAAGCAGCUCCUCUCCCUCCCUCCCUGUUGGCCAGGGAGGAGGGAGGCUCCAACUGUGUUGCUUGGCUGCGUUGCUCACCCAAGAAGGAGUCCAAGAAUGACUGGGGGGUGGAGCUUGCAUGCCUUGUGCCGAUCCAAUCGGCUGCAUUGCCUGGGGACUCGCCUUUGCUCAGCACUUCCCAGCGGAGAGGUGACGGUGGUUUUCCUUGCUGCAUCCCCUUUGCCGGGUUGCUGCGCUGUGGGAACCACCGCUUGAGGCUUCGUUUGGCUGCUGGCUGGGUUUUCUGCCUUUGGCUCGGAGGGGCUCAGAAGUUGAACCUACCUGUGUUCGGAAAAUCCCUUAUUUUGGCUGCUGAUCCCUUAUUUUUGAGGCUGCUGGUCCCUUAUUUUCAAAUCUGUAAGUUGACAGCUAUGGCAAUUAAAGUCUCUUCUCAUUUCGCCCCUGGAAGAGAAAGAACACAGUCUUCACAACACAACCAUGUUUGGCUACAUGCGAUGAACUGCAAUGGAGAAGGAUCACUAUUUCCUCUGGGCAUUAGAGUGGGGGGGGCAGAUUUCUGAUCUGGAUUCAAAUUUUGCCGCUGGCUUCUGUAUGUUUCAAAUGGACCCCAGUCCUGCUCAGAUAGAUUGAAAGCCCUGAGGAAGUCUGAAAGUUGUCGCUUUGCACAAAAAUAUUUUUCGACAUGGAUUUCAAUUCAGUGCAGGAAAAUCAUGCCCACACUAUAUAUUAUAAUAAAUAUAAUUGAAUGGUAUGUAUUCCGAGUGCUGUAAAAACUAAUAAUAAUAGGUGCAACAUGUGCUUAAAAUAAAACUAAUAGGACAAUUACGAUAGACAAGGACGAACAUAACGUUUCCAUCUGAGGGAGCAAAUUCCCACCACCUGCACAUAGUUGUCAACUUUUCCCUUUUCUUGCGAGGAAUCCUAUUCGGAAUAAGGGAAUUUACCUUUAAAAAGGGGGAAAGUUGACAGCUAUGCACCUGCAUACAUGGCUAAAUAGAUACCUGUGUAUUUAUUGCAUAUGGUCUGGUUCCAGACUGCCAAUUCCUCCUAAUCCGUUUGCACAAAGUUUGUGGGGAGCUUAGGCAAGGUUAGCCGUUUAUGGAGCGUUUAUUCUGAUUUGUUUGCGAGGAAGUUACAAAACCGUGCGUCAGGCCAUUACUAUCCCACACUUCCCAGUGCAUUUAACUGUGCCCCCUAAAUUUGCCAGUGUGUGACUGAUUGCUAUCCAGAAACGGCAGCAAUCUGGAAGGGCCCGUAGCUGGUCUGGUGCAAAUCCGCUGCCUCAGAUGGAAGCUUCAAAUGGCUUCUUUGUCUAUUGUACACAUGUUCUCCCUGACUGUUCGUUUAAAUCAUGGGUAGGCAAACUAAGGCCCGGGGGCUGGAUCCGGCCCAGUCGCCUUCUAAAUCCGGCCUGCGGACGGUCGGGGAAUCAGCAUGUUUUUACAUGAGUAGAAUGUGUCCUUUUAUUUAAAAUGCACCUCUGGGUUAAUUGUGGGGCAUAGGAAUUCCUGCAUUCCCGCCC